UGCAAGCAAUGUAACAAGGCCUUUAGCCGGGCAGGAAGUCUGAAAGGACAUGAAAGAAUACACACUGGUGAGAAGCCUUUUAAGUGCAAGCAAUGUAACAAGGCCUUUAGCCGGGCAGGAAGUCUGAAAGCACAUGAAAGAAUACACACUGGUGAGAAGCCUUUUAAGUGCAAGCAAUGUAACAAGGCCUUUAGCCGGGCAGGAAGUCUGAAAGCACAUGAAAGAAUACACACUGGUGAGAAGCCUUUUAAGUGCAAGCAAUGUAACAAGGCCUUUAGCCGGGCAGGAAGUCUGAAAGCACAUGAAAGAAUACACACUGGUGAGAAGCCUUUUAAGUGCAAGCAAUGUAACAAGGCCUUUAGCCGGGCAGGAAGUCUGAAAGCACAUGAAAGAAUACACACUGGUGAGAAGCCUUUUAAGUGCAAGCAAUGUAACAAGGCCUUUAGCCGGGCAGGAAGUCUGAAAGCACAUGAAAGAAUACACACUGGUGAGAAGCCUUUUAAGUGCAAGCAAUGUAACAAGGCCUUUAACCAGGCAGGACAUCUGAAAAGACAUGGAAGAAUACAUAGUGGUGAGAAGCCGUUUAAGUGCAAGCAAUGUAACAAGGCCUUUAGCCGGGCAGAAAUUCCGAAAGUACAUGAAAGAAGACACACAGGUGAGAAGCCAUUUAAGUGCAGGGAAUGUAACAAGGCCUUUAGCCAGGCAGGAGAUCUGAAAGGACAUGAAAGAAUACACACUGGUGAGAAGCCUUUUAAGUGCAAGCAAUGUAACAAGGCCUUUAGCCGGGCAGGAAGUCUGAAAGCACAUGAAAGAAUACACACUGGUGAGAAGCCUUUUAAGUGCAAGCAAUGUAACAAGGCCUUUAACCAGGCAGGACAUCUGAAAAGACAUGGAAGAAUACAUAGUGGUGAGAAGCCGUUUAAGUGCAAGCAAUGUAACAAGGCCUUUAGCCGGGCAGAAAUUCCGAAAGUACAUGAAAGAAGACACACAGGUGAGAAGCCAUUUAAGUGCAGGGAAUGUAACAAGGCCUUUAGCCAGGCAGGAGAUCUAAAAGUACAUGAAAGAAUACACACUGGUGAGAAGCCUUUUAAGUGCAAGCAAUGUAACAAGGCCUUUAGCCAGACAGGAGAUCUAAAAGUACAUGAAAGAAUACACACUGGUGAGAAGCCAUUUAAGUGCAAGCAUUGUGUCAAGGCGUUUAGCCAAGUAGGAGAUCUGAAAAGACAUGAAAGAAUACACACUGGUGAGAAGCCUUUUAAGUGCAAGCAAUGUAACAAGGCCUUUAGCCAGGCAGGAAGUCUCAAAGUACAUGAAAGAAGACACACAGGAGAGAAGCCAUUUAAUUGCAAGCAUUGUAACGAUGCCUUUAGCCAGGCAGGAGCUCUAAAAGCACAUGAAAGAACACACAGUUGUGAGAAACCGUUUAAUUGCAAGAAAUGUGACAAGGCGUUUCGCUGGCCAGGAUAUGUGAAAGAACACGAACGAAUACACACGGGUGAAAAACUUUUCAAGUGCAAUCAGUGUAACAAGGCCUUUUGUUGGAGGCAAGGUCUUAAAGCACACGAAGAAAGACACCGUUGUUGGAUUUGUCUUAAGAUGAUUAAGACCAAGCCGCUGCUUUGUCAACAUUAUGAUGACCAUAUGAGGUUACUGGACCUAACGUCGUAGAUUUAAUGAACGUAUUCAACAUGGUGUGACUUAACUUUGUAUAAUAAUUUAUUAAUAUAUCCUUGUAAAUUUAAGCUAAUCAUUUAGCCAGGCAGGAAUUCUAAAAGUACAUGAAAGAAUACACACUGGUGAGAAGCAUUUUAAGUGUAAGCAAUGUAACAAGGCCUUUAAGUGCAAAGACAUGAAAGAAUACAUAGUGGUGAGAAGCCGUUUAAGUGCAAGCAAUGUAACAAGGCCUUUAGCCGGGCAGAAAUUCUGAAAGUACAUGAAAGAAGACACACAUGUGAGAAGCCAUGUUCUUCCCAGUUGAUAGCAUGUUAGAACCGACUGUCAACGCUAAAUAUGGGGUAUCAAAAACGUAGUUGCUUUGUUUCAACUAACGCGAAAAUUUAAGGAAAAUGUUAUUACAAGGCUUUUGUUCAAGGCUUGUAGAAAGUGGAGUGUGAAAAAAGGUUCCACACAAAACUCUGUUUGAUAUGAUGAUAGCAUUGAGAGGUACGUGUAUUUAAUAGUUGUACAUUUUACGAACCGGAUACACAAUUGAACUACAGUGAAACCUCUAUUAAGCGGACACCUUCGGGACCUUCACAAGUGUCCGCUUUAAAGAGGUUUGUAGAAACGAUUAACAUUCAACGGUUAUUCUGUACUGUGAUUAUAACUUUGUUUGUAAAUGCAAAAACAUAACAGAAAUCAUCAACGAUAAUAAGCUAAAAUACGCGGGGUGCACUGAUUUAUCUUUAUUAAUCGACUACAGUAGGUAUUUGAAGGACGUAAUCUAAUACUACUGUGAUUGUCGAUUUAGCCUGGUGUCCACUUAAUAGACGUUUUUAACAAAAGAAAUUAGCCAAAUACAAUAAUUAUUUCAGUAACCGCGUCCGCUUGAUUAUAAUAGAGGUGUCCGCUGAAUAAUUUUUGGAACCCGGCUUAGUGUCCACUUAAUAGAGGGUGUCCGCUCAAUUGGGGGUCCACUUAAUUAAUAAUAGAGGUUUAAUUUUAACUGUAAUAUACUUUUAUGUGGAGAAAUCAGACAUCUUUCGCAAUCUUGCCAAGCUGUAUUAUCAGUGCAAAAACAAAGGAUGAAUUGAUAACAGUAAACGGUAAGCUCGCGUUUAGGUUCCACUGACAUCGAUUUAAUUUAAGCUUAAUUUAUUUAAACCGCACAAGAAACUGUUAGGUGUAGAAAGCAAACUUUGAAGGCAAAAAGGAAAUGUAAAAAAAUAUUAAGUUUGCUUAAAAUUCAAUGCUGACUUAACUUAUUUGUGUCAUGUUGAUGUUAUGUAACUCUUAUUUUUUCUGUGAGUGAUGUCACCCUGGCGUGCUUCUUUAUAUUUCAUUUGAGGUUAUUGACUCAUUACAUCUGAUCUAAAUUCUACAUGUAUCUGGAGCAGAAGUAUUUUCGUUCUUGAUCUUUUGUUUUUUUUUCGCUGUGGGCAUUCCAUUUAUAAUUUAAUAACCAACCCACCUCCACCAAAAUGGCAAUUACGUUGAUGAGGUUUUUUGACAUAAUUCAUGUUAGGGUUUUUGUGUGGGAAACUUAUUUCGUUAUUACGAUCGUAAGAGCAAUUUUUGAUGCUUUUUGCUUCAUGUAAGACAUUGUAUAAUGUUCUGAGCUGGGUUUGUGAAUAUUAAAUGGCAUGACCCUGUGUAUCAUAUGAAGCAUUUUUUGCACGUCAUCAUAUUGUCUACCAUAUCUUGUAAACACCUUAGUUUCUUCGGUCUUAAAGCAUCAACAUGACAUCUUGGAUAAUUUCACCACCCAUGCUAGCAUGUAUCUUUUUUGUGUUUGUUGAAACAUGCAUAGCAUCAAAUAGACUCUGUGGUCAGUUUUUAAUUAUCAGCUUUUUGUUGCAAACUUCACAGCUUUUUGCACAUUAUGUCAGCCUCGUUGAAUUGUGGUUCUUUUGAUAGGCAUGUUGGGACAGAUUAUUAUUCUAGGGCACCAAAAACAGUUUUGAAAGGUUUUCGAAAUGUAAAAAAAUGUCACGUUUUUACAGGGCUGUCACUUUAACCUCACUUUGCUUGGUAUAUGCAUUUAAUAGGCGGGAAUUGAACAAACAGGAAGUGUUUUUUGUCUAUUUUCUUGUUCUUAUUAGCUAAGGAAAUACCCGGACCCCAGCUGUUAGCAACAGUGCUGCUUUUAUAGUCUGAAGAUAAAUAUAAUAUGUUUUUGUAGCUAAAAUUUACAAAGCGUUAGUAGCAGUUUUAAUAGCAUAUUUGACUAUUAUAGAAGAAAAUAGUUAAGUGUUUGCACCCACACCCACAGGUAAGAAGGCCUUUAGCCAGGCAGGAAAUCUGAAAGUACAUGAAAGAAUACACACUGGUGAGAAGCCAUUUAAGUGCAAGCAAUGUGACAAGACCUUCAGUCAUGCAGAAAAUCUGAAAGUACAUGAAAAAACACACACUGGUGAAAAACCAUUUAAGUGCAAGCAAUGUAAAAAGUCAUUUAGCCUUGCAGGAAAUCUGAAAAAACAUGAAAAAAUACACACUGGUGAGAAGCCAUUUCAGUGCAAGCAUUGUGACAAGGCGUUUAGCGAGGCUGGAAAUCUGAAAAGACAUGAAAGAAUACACACUUGUGAGAAGCCUUUUAAGUGCAAGCAAUGUAACAAGGCCUUUAGCCGGGCAGGAAGUCUGAAAGGACAUGAAAGAAUACACACUGGUGAGAAGCCUUUUAAGUGCAAGCAAUGUAACAAGGCCUUUAGCCGGGCAGGAAGUCUGAAAGCACAUGAAAGAAUACACACUGGUGAGAAGCCUUUUAAGUGCAAGCAAUGUAACAAGGCCUUUAGCCGGGCAGGAAGUCUGAAAGCACAUGAAAGAAUACACACUGGUGAGAAGCCUUUUAAGUGCAAGCAAUGUAACAAGGCCUUUAGCCGGGCAGGAAGUCUGAAAGCACAUGAAAGAAUACACACUGGUGAGAAGCCUUUUAAGUGCAAGCAAUGUAACAAGGCCUUUAGCCGGGCAGGAAGUCUGAAAGCACAUGAAAGAAUACACACUGGUGAGAAGCCUUUUAAGUGCAAGCAAUGUAACAAGGCCUUUAGCCGGGCAGGAAGUCUGAAAGCACAUGAAAGAAUACACACUGGUGAGAAGCCUUUUAAGUGCAAGCAAUGUAACAAGGCCUUUAACCAGGCAGGACAUCUGAAAAGACAUGGAAGAAUACAUAGUGGUGAGAAGCCGUUUAAGUGCAAGCAAUGUAACAAGGCCUUUAGCCGGGCAGAAAUUCCGAAAGUACAUGAAAGAAGACACACAGGUGAGAAGCCAUUUAAGUGCAGGGAAUGUAACAAGGCCUUUAGCCAGGCAGGAGAUCUGAAAGGACAUGAAAGAAUACACACUGGUGAGAAGCCUUUUAAGUGCAAGCAAUGUAACAAGGCCUUUAGCCGGGCAGGAAGUCUGAAAGCACAUGAAAGAAUACACACUGGUGAGAAGCCUUUUAAGUGCAAGCAAUGUAACAAGGCCUUUAACCAGGCAGGACAUCUGAAAAGACAUGGAAGAAUACAUAGUGGUGAGAAGCCGUUUAAGUGCAAGCAAUGUAACAAGGCCUUUAGCCGGGCAGAAAUUCCGAAAGUACAUGAAAGAAGACACACAGGUGAGAAGCCAUUUAAGUGCAGGGAAUGUAACAAGGCCUUUAGCCAGGCAGGAGAUCUAAAAGUACAUGAAAGAAUACACACUGGUGAGAAGCCUUUUAAGUGCAAGCAAUGUAACAAGGCCUUUAGCCAGACAGGAGAUCUAAAAGUACAUGAAAGAAUACACACUGGUGAGAAGCCAUUUAAGUGCAAGCAUUGUGUCAAGGCGUUUAGCCAAGUAGGAGAUCUGAAAAGACAUGAAAGAAUACACACUGGUGAGAAGCCUUUUAAGUGCAAGCAAUGUAACAAGGCCUUUAGC